UUCGCCCUGAUCAGUCCGUUGCUGCAUAGUUAAUAUUAACUAUGGUUGCUGCUAUGAGUUCACUACUUGCCAGCUUAUUGCAAAGCCUAGAGAAGUAGGAGCGUUUUACAGCCAUUUUGAAUCAUGACAUCAACUGCUUUUGACCGCUGGAGUGACCAAGGUAUCAGAACCCUAAGCAUUGGUGCCCCAGAUAAAACCUUGCUAAAAKCUUGCUUUGACAUCAUUUCUCUUGCUACCAAAACGCUCUAUGAGAGUGGAGACACGGGUUGCUUGCAGUAUGGCCCAGACCUAGGAGACAGACAWGCUUUAGAAGAACUCGCCAAGUUCUUAACAUUUGAACAAAAAGAUGAGGUUCACGUGGACAAGCUUAUGUUCACAGCUGGGGCAUCACAAGGUCUUAAAUUUUUGGUGACUACGUUAUUUGCCAAGGGKGAUUUGGCCAUAGUUGAAGACCCGUCAUACUUCAUUGCAAUAAGAGCUUUUAAGAACGACGUAAAUCUGAAUGUUUUCCCUGUAGCAUCCUGUGAAGAUGGGGUUGACGUUGAUCAGUUAGACAACAUUCUUACAAAGCACAUUGAUAAAGAUAAGAUGCUUGCAGCCAAAAAGAAGUACUGGGCUCUGGUGUACAUAAUUCCAACCUUUAACAAUCCACAAGGGACGUGUCUUACUGARGAAAAGAGCAARAAGCUGAUAAAAGUGCUGCGUAAACACAAAGCUUUGGCCAUAUGUGAUGAUGUUUACAAUCUCUGCUACUUCAUGGAUGAUAAGCCUCCCUUUACAACUCCUCCACCAAAGAGACUCAUUGCAUUUGACAAAGAAAGCGAURAAGACUAUCAAGGCAGUGUCAUUUCCAAUGGAAGUUUUUCCAAGAUCAUGGGUCCUGGAUUAAGACUGGGUUGGAUUGAGGCACCAAAGCACGUUCUUACCAUGUUCAACAAUGUAGCAUUUCUCAGAAGCGGAGGCUGUUUCAAUCAUUAUGCUUCUUGUGUUAUGCGAGAAGCAAUAAAACUAGGCCUCAUUUCUAAACACCUUACUAUGUUAAGAGAAGUGUAUCACUCAAGGAUGACUGCCAUGUGUGAUGCUAUUGACAAAUUUCUCCCCUCAGCCAAGUACAUAAGGCCAAAGGGAGGUUAUUUUGUAUGGCUGACCUUUCCUGAACAUGCCAACAUAGAAAAAGUCAGUGAAUUWUGUAAGGUUAAGUACAAAGUGUCCGUACCAGCUGGUAGACAGUUUUCAUCUGCUGGAAACUUYCCCAACUGUACGAGGUUAAGUUUUGCAUAUUUUCCKGAGCAAAUAUUAGUAGAUUGCAUUGAAAAGCUUGGUUUGGCCUUUGAUGAAGUUACAAAAAAUUAAUAAGUAAGAAUGUUAAAUCCCAGGUAAUAAUAACUGUCAGAUAUUAUAAGGAUGUUUUUGUAAUCAAAUAAUCAUUGAAAUAACAUUCUUAAUAAAGACAAUGUAUGACUAGAGCAGCAGAAGAGUGUAAAUAUCAAUAGCUGUUGUUUUCUGUGCAUGCACAGUAAAUUCUUAUUGUAAUAUAUAUUUAAGUGUUAUAAAUUGCCAAUAAAAAGUAGUUCAUGGAUAA